GAAACCAGUUAUUUCUAUAUGGAUGCCAUAAGAAGAUCAUUUUAUUGCAGAAGAAUGGAUUCAAUUAAGAAAAAGAUGCAGAGUCUGGCCAAUGAGACUGCUAAUGCUACAGCCAGAGCAGAACGAUGGGAGACUGAAUGUAAGAGGAUUAAUGUAACAGCUGAUCAGUAUGAGGAACAGGUUCGAACACUGCAGAAGAAGAUACAAUCAAUGGAAGGUCAAUUUGAUGCCUGCACUGAAGACCUAUUCAACCAAACUAUUAAAUUAGAGGAUAUGGAGAAGAAGGCCGGAAAUGCUGAGGGCUGUGUAGGAGAUCUUGCCAGACGUCUUCUUCUUCUUGAAGAAAAUGCAGUCAAAGCAGAUGAAAGAUUGGCCGUUGCUGUAACAAACCUGGCCAAAACAUCAUUACUAGCAGAUAAAAGUGUUAAGGUUCGUCAUGAAAUGGAGCAGGAGUGUGGACGAAAGAGUGAAAAUAAUGAUGGACUUGAACAGCAACUCAAGGAUGCCCAGUAUACCCUGACAGAAUCAGAGAACAAAUAUGAAACUAUUGCCAGGAAGUUGGCAACUGUUGAAGCAGAAUCUGAACGUGCCAACGAGCGUGCUGAGGGAGUUGAGAGUAAAUUCAUUGAUAUUGAAGAUGAGUUAAAGGUUGUUGGUCAGAAUCAGCAGACCCUGGAGGUAUCGGAAGAGAAAGCUCUUGAACGAGAAGAGCAGCUCCAGAAGUCGAUCAACGACCUGAUGGCUAAAUUGAAGAUUGCUGACACAAGAUCAGAGAAUGCAGAGAUGGAUAUUCAGAGAUUAAAUGUUAGGAUUGACAAGGUUGAGGAGGAUCUGGUAAUAGAGAAGAUGAAGAUUAAGGGAGUAUCAGAUGAUCUGAACAAUGUAUUCGAGGACAUGCUGUAUGUUUAGAUUAAUAUUUAAAUCUAAAUAAAUAUUACAACUAGUGA